AUGUCGACGCCAUGUCGACGCUUCGACGACUACGCUGAAAAGACGCCAACAGCUAUCUUCAUCAUCCACGCUGCGGACUCAUACAUUCUCCUCACAGCCAACCUGGAUGAUGUCCACAGCAUCGUCAAAGAACUAGCUCAGUCUCCUGUCUCCGAACAGAUCGAGACCAUUCUGCGGCGGGCCUACAACCAGUUCCAGAAGAUGGACUUCCAGCAGCUUUUGAAGAGAGAUCGGGAUCAUGGUUAUUAUGAUCAAGGCCGCGGCAGUGGCGAAGGACCACAUCAACGCAAAUCACAAUACGUGGCGGGAAUCGGCGAACCGCACCGCCGCCAUUUUGAAGCGCCAGUCGAUGCCGCGAAAGCGUUAGAUGAAACAAAAGCACCUGUAGACAUUGAAAAUAAAGAUGAUGAAAAAGAGGCUGAAAUAGAGGCUGGAAAGGAGAAUUAUUACAUCAAAUCCAUCAAUAAGGUCUUGGAUACCGUAAAUUGA